ACAGACAAGAAACGACAAGAUGAUGAAACGCACCCGUGUCGACGAGGUGCAGUUCGGGACACGUCCCGGCCCACCAGCUCCGGGCGUUGUCGGUGUCGGAGUUGGAGUUACUGGCGUUGGCGUUGGCGUGGGUCCCACUUCCGGCGUCAGUGUCAGCGGCGGUGGCUCCGCCGCCGUGGGCGUAAACACAGGCGUAACAAUCGGCACUGUGGUACCAAGUGCGCACAGUGCCACCAUUAGCGGCAUCAGUUCCAUACACCAUCGCAUCCUCACCCCACAGCAUGGCGGUGCCCAGACCAUAGCCUAUCUGCCGUCCACCACGCCGACGGCAACAAAUCUGAAAACAACGAGCUCAAUUGUUGACAGCACCACCAGCGGCAGCAUCAGCACCAGCACGAGCACAGGAGCAGCAGGAGCCCAGGUGGCCACUGUAGGAGUGGGAGUGGGAACAGUUGGAGGAACUGGUGCUGCAGGAGGAGGAGUGGUUGUAUCCACCGGCAGCGCGGGCACACAAACACUGCAGUAUACCACAUCUUACAGCGUGGCCUCCAUUCAGGCUGGAGGAACUCUCAAGGGGAGCACAACGGUGGACGGUGGCAAUACCGUGCAGAUUCAUGUGACAGGAGGAGGAAUGGUAGGAGGAUCCGCUAACCCAUCCAUCGCCCAGACAGUCUCGAGCAGCUCGCAGACGGCAAGCAGCACCAUACGACAGCGUACAAUAAGCGGCACACAGACCGCGGCCAGUGCCGUCAGCAAUCUCACAUCGAUGGCGCAGCAACAACAGACGCCUGGCAGUCUGCCCCAGACGGCCCAGACACCACCGGCUGCUGCUGUUGCUGCUGCUGCUGUGGCGGCGGGAGGAAGCAGUACCCCACCGCAGGGACAGGGGUCUGGUGGCGGAAAUGCCACGCCACGACUGAAGGUGGAGGAUGCCCUCAGCUAUCUGGAUCAGGUGAAGUACCAGUAUGCGGACCAGCCGCAGAUUUACAACAACUUCCUCGACAUCAUGAAGGAGUUCAAGUCGCACUGCAUCGACACCCCGGGGGUGAUUGAGCGCGUCUCGACGCUCUUCAAGGGGCACACGGAGCUGAUCUAUGGCUUCAAUAUGUUCCUGCCGCCUGGCUACAAGAUUGAGAUCCAUUCCGACGCCCUCGGCUGCUCGGUGCCGGUGGUAUCAAUGCCCUCGCCCCCCGGCGCACCCACCAGCACUGGGACUGUGCAUAUGAUAGCCGGCAGCCCCUUGGUCAGUGCCGGACAUAACUUGAAGACCACCUUGACUGCCGCCGGAGUAGGAGGAGGAAGUGGAGCUGCCGCUGCGGCAGCCGUUGCACAAAUCCAAUCGGCAGGCGCUGUCAAUCUGAUGACCCAUGGCGGUGCAUCGCUCACCCAGACAACGAUUCAUGCCCUGCAGCAGGCCACGCCACCGCAGUCUCAGUCCCCGGGGCAUGUCCAUGUGAGCGUGACCAGCUCGCCGGCGCCAGCCGUUGUGGCCGUGCCUGGAGGAGGUCAGCCGCCGGGGGGUAUCUCCGUGUCGGCGCACAACAUGCCGCAGAAUUACUCGCGGGAUCGAGAGCGGGCCACAAUCACACCAACCGGUCAGGUGGUGGGUGCGGCGGCUCCUGCAGCAGCCAGCAGUAUUGUUGUGGGCGGUGGUCCGCCCACUCCGAAUUCCUUGAGUGAACUAAGUCCCCACGGUGGUGCAGGAGCAGGAGCAGGCGCUGGUGGAGGAGCGGGUGCCCAGCAGCACAAUCUGCAUCACAUACAGCAGGCGCAUCAGUCGAUCCUCUUGGGCGAAACCGGGCAGCAGAAUCAGCCCGUAGAGUUCAAUCACGCCAUAACCUAUGUAAAUAAGAUAAAGAAUCGUUUCCAAAACCAGCCGGCCAAGUACAAGAAAUUCCUGGAGAUUCUCCAUGCGUAUCAGAAGGAGCAGAAGGUCAUGAAGGAGGGGAGCUUGAAUCAGGGCAAAAUGCUCACCGAACAGGAGGUCUACACACAGGUGGCCAAGCUCUUUGGCCAGGAUGAGGAUCUGUUGCGAGAAUUUGGACAAUUCCUGCCCGAUGCCACCAAUCAUCAGUCGUCGGGUGGGGGCCAGUACAUGGCCAAGGCCUCGUCGGUGCACUGCAAUGAUCACAGCAAGCAGCAGCAACAGCAGCGUACCACGGCCACCCUGAGUGGCGGGGCGCACAUUACCAUGUCGAGUGCCUCGCCAGCUCACAGCAUUGGCUCACCCCUCCAUCUAAGUGGUGGGGGCACGCUCCCGCAGACGCUCGACAGUAGCGCCCAUGCGGCGGCCAUUGGCAAUCUAUCAGCGGUUAACACUAGCGUCAGCAUCAAGACUUACAACAACAAUCAGCAGCAGCAGCAGAACCAUGUCAUUGCUUCGCAACGGAAUGACGUCCUCUUUGAGAAGGAAUAUCAUGGUGUGUCCCCAGCCAGCCUGCAACAGCACCAGUCGCACCAUCGGGGAGCCGGCGUGCCCCAUCAUCAUUUGGCGGGGACUCCCGGAGCGCCCAAUAUACGAGUCGGAGCCGGCGGCAGCGUCAUGGUGGCCUUUGAGAAGGAGCAUCGCAACAAUCAUCAUGUACAGAAGUUCGUGGGAGGACACUCGCAGAACCAGAACUUGUCGCAUGGCCACAAUGCCAAGAAGUCGCCCAGCUAUGGCCUCUCCUCGGUGAUUGGAUCCUUGCCGCACCUUUCGGACAAUUCCCUAGACCGCAGCUCGCCGGGAAUCAACUAUGGUGCGACCGCUGUCUUGACCGCUAUCCACCAUGCGGGUCCGAAUAACUCUGCAGCAACAGCAGCAGCCGCCAGACGGCAGGGCGGCGAGGACGGUGGCCUGUAUGGGAGCGGCGGAGCAGGCGGACCGCCGCCGGCCAAGCGAUCCAAGACCUUUUGCAGGGAUGUCAGCUUCUCGGAGGCAUCCAGCAAGUGCACCAUCUCGGAUGCGGCCUUUUUCGAUAAGGUGCGCAAGGCACUGCGCAGUCCCGAGGUGUAUGACAAUUUCCUGCGAUGUCUGACGCUAUUCAAUCAGGAAAUUGUGUCCAAAGCGGAACUCCUGGGACUCGUCUCACCCUUCCUGAUGAAGUUUCCCGAUCUUCUACGCUGGUUCUCCGACUUUCUGGGCCCGCCCAUUGGUUCGGGUCAGGGUCAGGGCCAGGGCCAGGUGGGAGGAGCAGGAGGCGCAGGACUUAUCGAUGGCAUGCCCCUGGCGGCCACACAACGACAGGGCGGCAGCAGCAACAGCAGCUCCCAUGAUCGGGACCGCGAACGGAGCGGCAAUCAUCCCACUGCCGCCGAAUAUGUUCAAGAUGUGGAUCUGUCGGCGUGCAAGCGACUGGGCGCCUCCUACUGUGCCCUGCCGCAGUCGUCGGUGCCGAAAAAGUGCAGCGGACGUACGGCCCUUUGUCGUGAGGUGCUCAACGACAAGUGGGUAUCCUUUCCCACGUGGGCCAGUGAGGAUUCCACAUUUGUCACGUCGCGCAAAACGCAGUUCGAAGAGACAAUUUACAGGAAUAUUCACAGAACGGAGGACGAGCGAUUCGAGCUAGAUCUGGUCAUCGAGGUGAACAGUGCCACCAUCCAGGUGCUGGAGGGUGUCAACAAGAAGAUGUCGCGCAUGUCCAGCGAGGAGUUGGCCAAGUUCCAUUUGGAUGACACUCUGGGCGGCACAUCGCAGACGAUACACCAGCGCGCCAUCCAUCGGAUAUACGGCGACAAGUCGGGGGAGAUAAUCCAAGGCAUGAAGAAGAACCCCUCGGUGGCCGUGCCCAUUAUCCUGAAACGGCUGAAAGUCAAGGAGGAGGAAUGGCGGGAUGCACAGAAGGGCUUCAACAAGCAGUGGCGCGAGCAGAACGAAAAGUAUUAUCUCAAGUCACUGGACCAUCAGGCAAUCAACUUCAAGCCCAACGACAUGAAGGCCCUGCGCUCCAAGAGUCUGUUCAACGAGAUCGAAACGCUGUACGAUGAGCGGCACGAUCAGGAGGAUGAUGCCAUGGAGCAGGCUGGACCCCAUCUUGUGCUGCCCUACAAAGACAAGACCAUACUGGAUGAUGCCGCGAAUCUGUUGAUCCAUCAUGUCAAGCGGCAGACGGGUAUACAAAAGCAGGAGAAGCAGAAGAUCAAGCAGAUCAUACGACAAUUUUUGCCUGACCUGUUCUUUGCGCCGCGGCAGCCGCUCAGCGAUGAUGAGCGGGAUGACGCCUUUCCAUUUUUGGCAGAUGACAAUAUCAAAAUGGACGUAGACCAGUCGCCGCUGGGUCGAGCCGACUCGGUGACUCGAAAUACCAAGGGAUCGCCCAGCGAGGGCGGAUCCCCAGCAUGCAGCACGGCGAGCACCAGCAGCAGUGCGGCGGCGGUUAAAAAUGAAGCUGAUGAGGUCAGGACAACGACGGGAUCAACAGCGACGACAGCAUCUUCAUCAUCUACGACAACAACAACGACGACGACGACGUCCGCGAGCUCAUCUACAGACGAUGCAACGCCAUCAACAUCCUCAGCGGCGGCAGUAACAGCAGCAGCAGCAGCAGCAGUUGCAUCUGGAUUAGAGGCCAAGACAAAGGAUGAGCCUGUGUCUAACCGAGAUGAGGCAGCAGGCAGCAGUACCACCACCAGCACAGGCAGCGUAGUGUCCAGUCCCAGGCCAGGACAAGAUUCAGCAGCAGCAGCAGUAAAUCCCAGCGAUGUGGAAGUCAAGGAAGAGCAGCCACACUCUGACUUUGUCCAUCCCAAGCUUUUGCCACAGCAUGCACAGGGCCAGCAUGAGGAUGAAUCCUACUCGCUUUUCUUUGCCUCCAACAACUGGUAUCUGUUCCUGCGCUUACACGCGAUUCUCUGCGAUCGUCUUCAUCAUAUGUACGAGCGGGCGCGUCUACUGGCCAUCGAGGAGGAGCGUUGUCGGGUGAAUCGGCGAGAGAGCACCGCCACCGCGCUGCGGCUCAAGCCCAAGCCCGAGGUUCAAGUGGAGGACUACUAUCCCACCUUUCUGGAUAUGCUCAAGAAUGUCCUAGACGGCAACAUGGACUCGAACACGUUCGAGGACACGAUGCGUGAAAUGUUCGGCAUUUACGCCUACGUAUCCUUUACGCUGGACAAGGUUGUCUCGAACGCCGUUCGCCAGCUGCAGUAUUGCGUCACUGAGCGAGCCGCCUUGGACUGCGUGGAGUUGUAUGCCACCGAACAGCGGCGCGGCAGCACUGGCGGCAGCACUGGCGGCUAUUGCCGCGAUGCCCACAAAACGUUCGACCGCGAGAUGAUGUAUCAGCGCAAGGCGGAGAGCAUGUUUAACGAAGAGAACUGCUUCAAGGUGUUCAUAUACAAAAUUAACUGUCGCGUUACCAUCGAACUGCUCGACUCGGAGCCCGAAGAGGCGGACAAGCCGGCUCUGAAGGCCCAAAAGUUCAGCAAAUACGUCGAGAGAGUAGCGAAUCCAGGUCUCGGCGGCAGUGGCAGUGGGAAUAGUGCAGCCCUGAGCAGCGACAACAUUGUGGAAGAGUCCGACAUCAAGACGGAGGAGGAGGAUGAAAAUGCCGAGCAUUCGCGAGGAGGAGGAGGAGGAGCACCCAAGGCACGUUUCCUGCAGCGCAACAAGCGCAGGUCGCAGCUACACGAGGAGCAAGUGCGCCAGUUGUUUGAUCAGAAGCGGAGCCGGAGUGAGCAUGUGGCAGCCGCAGGAGCCUCCACGACUAACGCUGCUGAGGCAGGCUCUGAAGCCAAUUCAACCGGCAGCAGCACCAAUAAUAAUAACAACAACAACAAUAAUAAUUGGGGCAAGCGUCUGCCGGAGAGACUGGGAGCUCCACAGGUGGGCCUGGCCGAGCAGUACGCCUUCAACGAUCGCGAUGAGAUCACCACAAAUUCCAGCAACGGCCGAUGCUUUGUGACCAGCAAGAAUCUCAAGCUACUCAAGUACGAUGCAGUGCGUCGUGCCAAGAAGAGUCAUUGCCGCGUCACUCAGGCGAAGUACGUGCGGUAUCAGGCCUACGUCAACAAUUGGCUGCAGCAGCACGUCAGCGAGCAACUGCAGCAGAACUGCAGCGAUUGGCUGCUGGGAAAGACGGCGGAUCAGAUCAAUGCCAGUGGCUGGGGUGCCACCUGUAAGACCAAGUCGCUGCAGCAGAAGGAUACCUCCAAGACCCCGUACCGCGUGUACACGAGAUACAAGGUCAUUCAACUUGGCGGCAGUGCGACGGGCGGCGGCUCAGUUGGUGGUCUGAUGGGCGGAACGGCGCCAUCAGCAACCACAGAAAACGCGGCAACAACAUCAACGGUAACCACUGUGUUGGCCGCCGCCGUAUCCUCCAACCACCCAAUAACCAAUAGCAGCAGCAGUAGCAGCAUUUUGUCAGGGGACUCGACCAACACCACCAAUACCCCACAGCAGCAUUGCAACAGUGCGGCAGCAGCAGCGGCAGCACCCACGAAUGCCGCCGAGGCCCUGCAGCAGGUGCGUCCGAUGGAGAGCUAACCGGAGCGGACAGCAGGAGCAGCAAAAGGAGCAGGAGCAUGGUCAGAUUCUGCCUGCAUAUGACGAUAUAAAGAUGCAAUGGAUGAUUUGUCUGUAUUCAAUAAAAAAAUUUAAUUAUAAAUGUGAUACCAGCCACAGUUCGGCGCGGCUUUGGAUAUUGGAUAUAUAUUUCAUCGAAACGAAACAAAGCUCUUUUCACAUUGUACAAAAAGUCAUUUAAUCAUAGGCGUUUUGCUCCAAAACGAGAAUUUGAUAGGCUUAUAGCUUGCAUAACUUUUAGCGUUAGAGUUCACCUAUGGCAGCGCGCUUUGUUUAUAGAGGCGCUUGUUUUUAUUGAGCUAGCAUUAAGUCAGAACCCCUUUCUACCGACUAACGCAACCUAACUUGAUAAGCCAUAUAUAUAGUAUAUACAUAUAGCUAAGGCACAGCAAACCCAUUGAGAAACGAGUUGUGCUAGUAAUUAGAUUUCAGAACACGUCUGUUUAGCGCUAAGAUUUUAUCUUUUACUUUUUCCUACACCUACACAUGUGUGACGUGACGUAUUUUUAUACAAAAGAAAGCCCAACAAAACAAUCGCGUCGCCCACACACUAAACCUUGUACAAUUCCUUGUGAAUACUAUUAUAUUAUAGAUAUCUACGUGCUUAAGAUCCCCCUAAAACUAAGUUGUAUAAACGUAAUGAGCAGAUUAAAAGAGUUUAUCAAAA